UCAUCAGAACUCAAAAUGAAGUGACAUAUUCAAGUAUGCCUUAAAACAACCUACAGGUGAUUAACGUCAACGAAUAGCAUGUUGUACUGAUUGGAUCCGUUUUAUUUAAGUAUAUCCGUACGGAGGAGCUGCUCUAUGCUGCACGCGCCCAGAAAUAACGCGCUCACAAUCAACCUUAGAAAGUGGCGUCUAUUUGUAAACCAUUGCAUCUCUCUCCACAUAGUGUUUACGGAGCUCGAAUCGGUUGGUACUCAAGUUCCUUUCGAUCAAUGAGUGCUGCUAAUGAAAUAGAUUUUUCAGUAUAGAAUUUCAAUUUCCAAUACAUUUAUUCAGCACAACUGUAAAGAUGGGAAGUACAUAUAAUAAUUUGUUGUGUAAAUAUUGCGGCCGAAGUGACAUUUGAUUGGAUCCUGUAUGUAACCCUGUUGAGGGUAGUUAAUUUAAACUGUCGGUAGAUGUAGAACACCGUUGGAUGCAUGUGUAGGUGUUUAGAGGUGCUUUGUCAUUUUCAAAUCAGUUCUACAAAGUUUGGCGACAAUCUUGCAAGAAAAUGGAUUAUUGACAUAUCUGAUAAUGACGUGUGUAGAAAGAACUAUUGCGGUGAUUCCUAACACACUUUAAUGCAUAUGUCUGGUCUUUGCGACAUCGAACAAAAUGACAUGUGCAUCCAUCUUUAAUUCAUCGUGUUGAAGUGACAUUGUCCGACUUUCCUGUAACUAAACAUUGUAGGAAUAUUCGGUAUUUCUCGAAAAGAACUGUGAAUGAUAACAUUUUUGUUGUGCAACGUGAAAUUGAACAUGAUUGAUAUUACGACAUAUAUGGGAAUGUAUUAUUUCUGAUGACCGGGAUUCGGACACUAUGUAUCGAGAAUGGUGAGUUAUGCUGCCGGUCUCCCGACAGUAACACGGUUCUGACCACCGAAAUGGUUUUAAACAAAAUCAAAUAGUGAAACUGAAAUGGUUACUAAUGCAACAGAUGCCGACUGCGUUUUUCGGUCUAGGUAUGAAGAUUAUAUGCAUUCAUCCAAAGUGACAAUACUGUUGAGUGAUGUAGUCAUGGCGUUAACUAUCGCCGUCGGGCUGGUCAGCAAUAUUUGUGUAUGUGUGUGUAUAUUUAAAAACCGACAUCUUCGGACAUACAUCAAUAUCAAUCUGGCGAGUUCGAGUAUUGCUAAUUUAAUUGGUUGCAUAUGUCUUCUUCCAAUCAGAAUACAAUUGUAUACGGGAUAUACAACAGUUUCAUCCGUCCAGGUAGUCUGCGGAAUCGGAACAUUCUUUAGAACGUUCUGUGAUACGAUGCAGUUCUUUAUGCUUGCAUUGGCUAGUUUUGAGCGUUACCAAGCAGUGGUGAACCCAUUCCAGAAGGUUGGUCUUAAGAAAAGGUCUGCUAUUCUAGUAACGACUUCAUGGGUGUUUGCUUUGACUUUAGGGGUUGUAUCGGGGAUAAUGUUCGUCGAUAGUGCUUUAUAUCUCCCUUGUUCCUUUAUAGACGGAACUCCUAAUUGGGCAGAUUAUGACCAAUAUUUGAUAUUUCCUCUCGGAAUGACGUUACUGUGUGUUAUUAUUGUGCUAUACAGUCUGAUACUGAAAACUCUCGUCAAGCAUUCAUUAAAGAUGACACGGCAUACACACAAACGAAAGGUUGCGCCAGACACUCGAAAAGUCAAUGACGGGAUGGCCAGUACGUCGUUCAUAGGAGACAAUCACGAUGCUAGAAACAUGGACAAUUUAAAGAUGUUCAGUGUGUCAUUCCAAAAUACAAAGGAUUCAAAAGAUUCAACAACUACAAUCAAUGCAGUAUGUUCGUCCAUAACGCUAAAUGUCCCCGUCAGUGAUAAUCAAAACAACAACAGGGCGGCUGAAACAACACCAUCGCCAAUACAAGACAGCACUAUACAGGUUGUUGAAAUGGAUGGAACUGUGAAAACGACCAAGCGCAAAGAAGAAAACGUAUUAGGGGCCGUGUGUCUCAUGAAUAAGAAAAAUAGAGAAAAUGGACGCAGGCGAGUAGAAUAUAAAGCUUCAAAGAAAAUUGCCAUUUUGGUGGGGACUUUUACAUGUUGUUGGAUUCCUCUGCCGGUAUUUGUUUUAAGUAACAAUAUAAUAGGACAUUCGGUGUUGUCAUACUCAAUGUUUCGUGUGUUAAUUUUCCUCGGAACCCUUGGGAGUUCUGUGAUAGCUAUAAAUCCCGUCCUACAUACACUUCUCAAUCGUCCACUUAACUCAGCCAUGAGGAAUCUGUUGAACCUUGACAAAGUUACAUGUCAGACUAAACCGUCUUAACAUGAGCUGUGAUGAUAUUACCCUUUUGUUUAAAGUUUAAUGGUGCCUGUAUUCGGUAAGUAAGUAAACGUACAUACAAGUGUAGUAUUGUGUACUUAUAUUAGAAAUGUUCAUGUUCGAAAUUGAUUAUAGUUUUCAUAAUACAAAUGUUGUUAUCUAAUAUUAAGAAAAACCGAUAGUAAUAAUGUCAUUGUUAAUACAUAUAUUUCCAAAUACAACAAUUCAGCUGUAACUUUGUCGUGUUGUCAAGGAAACUAAACAACAUUUCACUAUGGCCAAAGCGGUAAUAAUUUAACGAAAUCGUCGGGAAGAGCAUUACGUAGUAAGCACUAUUCUUUGUAUUUUUUACAUGUGCUGAUAUAGUAAAUAAACUCUUUCUCUUUUGACAUGAUAUGAUGAGUAAAAAAUAAGAAUAUAAAUGAAAACACACUUUUGCUAACUACAUUAGGUGCUUAAACAAUGGUGUUUUGCCAUAUUAUUUUUUUUAGAUUUGAUAUUUUAAAUAGAUUUACAGGGACACAUAUCAUUGCAUGGUAGGACAAUAUGAUAUUAUUGUCUGUUAGCACAAUAUGAUAUGACUGCCUACAAAACGUUGUCGUUUUGAUCACUGUAAAACAGUUGAAUACUUUUUGUUGCCUUAUGUAGAUUCACAUAAGAUUUAAAUUGAAAUGGUUAAUGCAUUGUC